AUUUAUUUGUGUUGUUUGUUGGUGAUGUUAUGUCAUUACAGAAAAAGCUAGUCUAACGUUAGCAACAAAGCAACAAUCACACACAUUUCUGUAACCUGAACCAAUGCCAUUCCUCCUGCCACCAGUAGAUGACUCCCUCCUCAUGGAUCCUGCUUUGGUUUCAGUGCUGUUUUCCAGGAAAUGAAACUAGACCCAGUGAUGUGAAAGAGAAGCCCAUAUCUGACUCAUAACUAUUCAGGCAGUUAGACAGUUAGGUGUGUGCUGAUUGUUGUGCCUUAAAAGAAUCUCUUCACCUGCCAACAUAUCAGACAGCUGAGGAAACACUUAUACAGAGAUCAGCUGUUACAGAGAUGUUGGGAGGAAAAGCUUGGAUCCCAGGUUGCACCCUGCUUGUGCUGGUCACUUUAUGUGGUGAAACGGCUCACUGCCAAAACCAACACAAAGGUUCGGCAUAUCUGAAAGACCUGAGACUCAUUCUGGUUGGAAAAACAGGAUCAGGAAAGAGUGCUUCUGGAAACACCAUCGUGGGGAAUGAAAAUGCCUUCCGAGAGGAAAUGUCCCCUGAGUCUGUGACUAAAGGCUGUCAAAGAAAAGAGGUCAACGAUGGUGACAGGAACAUUGUUGUCAUCGACAGCCCAGGACUGUUUGACACAGACAAAACACAAGAAGAAGUGAAGGUAGAAAUUGAGGAGUGUAUUGACCAGUCAGUUCCUGGACCCCAUGCUUUUCUGUUAGUGAUCAGUCUCAAGUCAAGAUUCACUGAUGAGGAGAGGGCAGCUGUGACGUGGAUCCAGGAUAAUUAUGGCUUAGAUUCUUCCAUGUAUACCAUAGUCCUGUUUACACAUGCUGACUUGCUAGAGGGUAAAUCUGUGGACGACUACGUGGCAGAGAGCAAACAUCUACAAAGACUGAUAAACCAGUGCAAAGGAAGAUACCAUUCACUCAUCAAUGACAAGAGACAAGGCAGAAUCCAGGUCAGAGAGCUCCUGGAGAAGAUAGAGGAAAUGGUGAAGUCCAACGGAGGAAGUCACUACACCAAUGAGAUGUACCAGAGAGCCCAGAAGAAACUUGAGAAGGAGAGGAAAAAGAGGGAGGAGAAGGAAGAGCGAAGAAAGAGGAAAGAGGAAGAGAGGAUCAGAGAGGAGGAGAAAAAACGUGCCUUGUUUAAAAAGGUAGCUUAUGCUUCCUUGGGAAUUAUUGGAACCAUAUUUUACCCCUCAUAUGCUGUCGUUGCAAUAGGUGGAGCACUUGGACUUUUAAUUGCACAAUAGAUAUGUUUAUGUAGUUGUGGGACCUGUGAAAAAAAAAGGUCAUGGAAGAAAAAGAGGCAAUAAAUAAUGGUUGAAACAAGUAGUUGCCUUUUACUAAAUCUUGAAUUGAAAUGCAUGUUGUAUGGGAUUGUGUGGGCUAAAAACAUUUUACAAUAAAGUCUGAAAUUCAGUUUAC